UUCAGCGCGUCGGGCACUUCAGGGCUCCUCUCAGUAAAGCGUAGUCCCUCGGAACGGAAUGUUAGUACUGCAUUUACACAGCCUAUAAUUGACAUGCGUGUUUUGUUAUUUGGGAAAGACACUAACAAAUCUGUAGGACAUUCAUGAGGAAACUCACUUCACAUUCAGUAGCGUUCGAUGGUUGUGAAGAGUUCCAUCUUCAGGAAUAUAAAGCCGUGUUGUUCCCGAGAAAGUCAACAGAAGUUUCGGAGGAACAUAUCGUCUUCAACUUCAGGGACGAGGAAUAAUUUCACUGGCUUCCUGCCGCGGCGGCAAGGGUUCGAUCACAGAUGAGUGGUUCACCUUGAAACAGCGACAGAGGUACGCAGCGCUCUCCAGUCGGUGAAAAUACUUUCUGGGUAAUUGUGUGUGCAGUAGAGCCCUUCGGAAGAAGGAAGUGGAACUUGGUUUGAACUCACGUUCCUGCUGUCUCCUGCAGUCCGUCCAUCCCAAACAGACGGCAUGCUAAGAAGGAAGUGUCGCAGCAAGGCGCGGCUAGACGGCAAAACGGUGGUGAUCACAGGAGCCAACACAGGCAUCGGGAAGGGAGCGGCCCUGGACUUGGCAAGCCGAGGAGGGAGGGUCAUCUUGGCCUGCCGUGACCUGAAGCGAGCCCAAGACGCCGCUGACGACAUCAGGAAACAGACGUCUGGCAUCGAGGGUGCAGGGGAAGUGUUGGUGGUGCGUCUGGACCUGGCGUCCCUCGCCUCAGUGCGUGAGUGCGCGCAGCUCCUGCUGCGCACGGAGAAGCAUAUCCACAUACUCGUCAAUAACGCGGGUAUGUGUUUCUGUCCCAAGGGACUGACUGAAGACGGUUUCGAGACUCAACUGGGUGUCAACCAUUUCGGGCAUUUCCUCUUCACCUGUCUGCUUCUGCCCAGGAUCAUCCAAUCAGCUCCAGCCCGUAUCAUCAUGGUAUCAUCAUCAUUUCACCAUAUGGAUCCAGACAUUCCUCUAGACGAUGUGGCAUGGGAGAAUCGGCCAUACAGCACUUUCAAGGCAUACUCCCAGUCGAAGCUUGCCAACAUACUGUUCGCCAAGGAGCUAGCCGUCAGACUGCAAGGAACCGGAGUGACAACCUACGCACUAAACCCAGGGAGGGUAAAAACUGAGGCUCUACGGUACGCAGACGACUCAAUGUUUCGCGGCGCAACGCGUAUUUUCGGAAUAAUCGGCUUCAUGAGCAUGACGCCGUUACAGGGGGCCCAGACCAUCGUCUACUGUGCAGUGGAUGAAAAAGUGGCCGAGGAAAGCGGGUUGUACUACAGCAACUGCAGAAAGGAUACACCGUCACGUGCAGCCAGAGAUCCAGUGAGGGCCCAAAGGCUGUGGGAAGCAAGCGCUCGCCUGGUGGGGCUUGGGGACUGGGACCCCUUUACCGCAGAAGUGCUGCCCUCGGACAGUGGCGAGGUCACGAAGUUUUGAAGGAGAAUACAGCAUCGUGUAGCACGUAGAAACGUAACCCUCAGCCGUCAACAUCGUUUGAUCAUGUGCAACAUGAACUGAGAAAGAGAGAGAUUGGAGGAACAUAACAUGCUGACAGUUUGGUACCUCAGUUUAUAAUGUGGAGGUUACCCAGGACACGAGCAAUGCUCAUUAGUCUGGGUGUCCACGAAUGAUUUUUUUAUUCAUGUUUGAUGAUAAGUUUCUUGAUCCAGAGUAUACAAGGGACGCAAAGUGUAAUUUUUCGCGGUUAAAUGAGAUUUGCCUAGUUUGGAAGCGUGUACAGAAAGCAAUACAUUUUAUCUAACUUAAGUCUAAGAAUAUACUAUUAAUAUUUUGUA